AAGAUGCAUCGCACCGGUUAACACGACCAAAUUAUAACAGUUUGAACCGAAAAAUCUUCCGCCAUCAGCGAUCGAUUAAGGAAGAAGAAAAUGUCACAAUGUCUUGUGUUUCCUCUGUCGGCAACAAUUCCAAGUUUAACUUGGAGGGAAAAGUGGUUGAUCGGUGACCGCCGUCCUUAUGGAAAUCUCAAUCGGCCGCAGCCGCUAUCCCGGAAAGUUGGCCGGCCCCCCUUUGUUCGUCCAGUCUGCUGUAGUAACAAUCUAGCUUUGGAAUUCAAGAGUGGUCUAAGUAUGAGUGGGUUCCAUGAAAUUGAGCUCAAAGUGCGAGACUACGAACUCGAUCAAUUUGGUGUCGUAAACAAUUCCGUUUAUUCAAGUUAUAUUCAACACGGACAUCACGAGUUGCUGGAACUGAUAGGAAUAAACGCAGAUGACGUUGCUAAUUCAGGCGAGGCCCUAGCUUUGUCUGAGAUUACACUCAAAUUCCUCAAUCCACUAAGAAGUGGAGACAGGUUUGUUAUGAAGGUCAGAAUAUCGAAUUCAUCAGCAAUUCGAGUAUACAUUGAACACUUCAUCUUCAAGUUGCCAGAUUAUGAGCCUAUUCUUGAAGCCAAAGCCACUGCAGUUUGGAUUGGCAAGAACUAUCGCCCUGUCCGAUUACCAGCAGAUUUUAGGUCCAAAUUUGUCAAGUUUAUUCGAAAAGAGGAUCAAUCCAACCAACCCAACUAAACAUAACAGAUGCAUACAGAGGUAUGCUAUUAUGUUGUACUAAGAAAAAGAUUUCAAAAUAACAUCAUCUUCAUUAGGAUUAUAAAGAGAAUUAAUCAAACCUAACUAGAAGAGAUACAGUAUGAUUAGAAAAGAUAUGUGAUAUUUAUCUAGAUAUUGAGAAUUAGAGAUAUUGUCUUGAUUUAAUUCUCUAAUAUUGAUCUGUUUGUUUUUGUACUGUCUUCUGGUUUAAUCAAUGAAGACGAGAGAGUUCAUUGAUUAAAAGGCUCAAUUCGGGUUUGAAUUAAUUAUUGUGACAGAUGUUGAAGAUCUAUUGGGUUUGCAUUAAAUUUCAAAGGAAUGGCUGAGGAAUAUAUUAUUUGGAGGAUAAAUCAAUUCAGAAACCCAAGGAUGGAAAUUCAAAGGACCAAUGAUGAAUUGAUUAGAUU